UGGCCCCAUUAUCACAGCUCAAGAUGUACAGCUUUAUGGGUGGGGGUCUGUUCUGUGCUAUUGUUGGCAAUAUCCUGUUGGUUGUCUCCACUGCAACCGACUACUGGAUGCAGUACCGUCUGUCUGGUAACUAUGCCCACCAGGGUCUGUGGAGGUACUGCAUGUCCAACAAGUGCUACAUGCAGACUGACAGCAUAGCUUACUGGAAUGCCACCAGGGCCUUCAUGAUCCUGUCUGGGAUGUCAUGCUUCGCAGGCAUCAUCGCUGGCCUCAUGUCCUUCUCCCACUUCUCCUCCUUUGAGAGGUUCAACCGCUCCUUCGCUGCAGGGAUCAUGUUUUUCGUCUCCACUUUCUUUGUUCUGCUGGGUAUGGCCAUUUACACCGGAGUGACUGUCAACUUCCUGGGGAGGCGAUUUGGUGACUGGCGCUUCUCCUGGUCUUACAUACUUGGCUGGGUGGCCAUGCUCAUGACCUUUUUUGCAGGUAUUUUCUACAUAUGUGCCUACAGAAUGUGUGAAUGCAGGAGAGGAACGAACCAGCGCUAGAGGGAGACAGACACAGUUUGUUCAUUAAAAACAACAACACAGGACAAUACCACUUUGAACGGAGGACAAACAGAAGGCAGUCUUGACUGAUCUACUGAAGAUUUGACGUCUGCCGCUGCUUCUUCUCCCUUUGUUGAGCUCUUCUUAUUAUGUUUCAUUAAAGUCAUUUUCUUGCUAUAAGGAUUUCUUUUUCAGGAGUAGGCAUUUUAAUAGACGUAAAACAAAAAUAAAAC